ACAUUUUACUUGCAGCAUUACAUGAUAUGAUGCUAUCUUCGUCACACCUUUAAAGCUAUAAUAUCUAAAAAAAAAGAAACCUGUAUCUUCUGUCUCACUCCCCCCUACUCCCGAGUGCGCGCGCCACUGCUUGUCAUUACGUGUUUUUGUGUUAUCGGAAUCACACCUACUUUCGUAACGGCUUUCAGUAAUUUGAAAAAUGGGAAAAAGAAAGCGGUCAAGGUCGAGAGAUAGUGAUUAUAAUAGUAUUUUGCGGAAAGUUAAGAAGUUGGAAUCAAAAUUAAGGAAAAGACAGCGUUUAUCAUCAUCGGAAGAAAGCGACCACGCGGUUCGUUAUUAUGAUGAAUAUGAACAAUACGCGGAUAUGCCAGGAGAAGAUACCGCAAAUGAGGUCAUAAACAUCCACGAUGAUUCUCCGUCGGACCCAGCAGAACCAAUCGCCGGACCGUCUACACUGGUUUCAGUGACGGCACCACCUACUGUGCCUACAGCAGAAUCGGUAGCACCUGCGCAGGCUGGCCAGUCGAUAACGAUUGCAGAAGAAGCCCAAGCAUCACCGACGGUAGAUGAGAAUAUAUUUACAUUAGAUCCAGAUAUUCUACAACUACUAGGCGAGGACCCUACCAAUCAAAAAAAUUAUGGAGAUAGUCUUCAUAAAGACAUUGCGUCAAGGUGGACGCAUAUAUUAGUCAACGGGUUAUCUAAGGAAACACAAAUGGAGCUAAUGAAAUGCUACUUACCACCAGAAAAUUGUCCCAACAUGAAAGCUCCUAAAUUAAAUUUAGAAAUCAAGGCAGCUCUGUCAGAUGUUAAUAUUAAGAAAGAUCUAUACAGUCAAAGCAAACAAAAUCAACUUGCUAAUAGUCUUGCAGCUAUAGGACGAGCUUUGAAUUGGGCCUUGUCAUCUAAUAAUACAGUACCUCAGGAUAUUAUUAAAUCCCUCAGCGAUGCCGGUCGGCUCGUAUGUGAUAGCCAUUAUAAAGAGUCGCUAUCUCGGCGUUAUGCAGCGCUUAGUACUCUCAAUAGAAGCAUUAAAGAUACCGUCAAAAAUACAAACAUCGAUGAGCAUCUGUUUGGAUCUGCAUUAUCAGAACAUAUUAAGACCUCGAAAGCCAUAAACAAGACUGGUUCUGAAAUUAAACAAAAAAUUCAGCGUCCUCAGUAUAGGACCCUGUCAGCAACACAAACUAGGGGUGCUUUAAACUCGAGGGGGGCGCCGCCGCACGUAGCAGCAGCGGUCCAGCCGCGGCCGACCCCAGCACCGCGUCGACCACCGAGGGACCGCCGACAGGAGGCGCCGCGAGUCCGCCGCCCCACCAGCAACGCGCGGCACCAGACGCGGAGACGAUAGACGAAGAGGACGUCAGACAGAAUUCACCAUCCACUCCAUACGAGUCUUAUCCUGGUGGCAGCCAGAUUGUCAGGCAAUCAAUGAUUAAGCGCGGCGUUCCACCAGCGUCCUUAGACAUAAUGAUAGCUUCCUUUGCAGCUAGUACUUUAAAUC